UUCUCUCUUGUCUUUCAUGUCUAACUUUAUUUAUUCCAAUUUCCACCAGAUCUAACCUCAAACUAAACCCCCUUCUUUGAUGAAUAUCACAAGACCCCAUCUCCCUCCCUCCUUCUAUCUGUCUGUAUCCAUCCCAUGCAUGAACCCCAUCAAUUGACCAUCUUUGCCUUUGCGCAAAGAAACUGAAUAAUAAACACCACCACCACAACAACAAACCAACCCCACUGUUUCCAUUAUGUCUCCUGAUAAUCCCAGUGUAAAACCAGCUGCUAAAGACGAAAACCAAAGCAGUGGCAACCGGAAAACGGGUUCAACAAGGGCAGCGCAGGAUCAACAAGCAGCCCUCAAGUGUCCACGAUGCGACUCCCCCAACACCAAAUUCUGCUACUACAACAACUACAGCCUCACUCAACCUAGGCAUUUUUGCAAGACCUGUAGGAGGUACUGGACUAAAGGUGGGGCUUUGCGUAACGUACCAAUCGGUGGAGGUUGCCGUAAGAACAAGAAGUUAAAACCCUCUUCCAGGCUCUCUAGUGACUCAAAGGAUUCCAUCUCAUCUUCAGAGAUGGGUGGUGGGUUGAAGUUCUUUCAUGGCCUCUCUCCUGCCAUGGAUUUUCAGCUCGGUGGUUUGUCGCUUCCUAGGCUUAAUUCUUCACCACCUGCUAUUUAUAACCAGUUUGCUUCAUUUGGAGAUACUGAUACUCCUCCUCCCACUAGCUUCACUCUUGAUCCAUCUGGUAGCUCUACUUCUUUGAUGGGGUUCAACAAUUAUCCAUUAUCUUCACUUACCCCUGGCCUUAGUGGUGCAAUUCUGGAGAUGGGUUCGUUGAAUGUUAGUAGUGGUCUUGCUUCUUCAAUUGAGUCCUUAAGUUCAAUAAACCAAGAUUUACAUUGGAAGUUGCAGCAGCAAAGAUUGGCUAUGCUUUUCGGUGGAGGGGGAGAGAACCAAAAGGAAAACACCAUCACCACCACUGCUUGUUCAGUUCCAGUUGAGAACCAACCCCAAAGGCUACAACCCAUUUUGUUCCACAAUCUAGAGAUAUCAAAGCCUGAAAUUUCAUCUGUUGAGAAUCCAAGAAAAGCCACCACCAAUGAAAACGCCACGGAAUGGUUCUUUGGGAAUUCAUAUGCACCAGUAACUCCAACUCCAACCACUAGCAGCAAUGGCAAUGAUAACACUACAACAAGCAACUGGAAUGGGGUUCAAGCAUGGAAUGAUUUGCAUCAUUACAGCACGUUGCCCUAAAAAGAGAAGGAUCAAACAAAAGGUAGACCUUAAAAGGGAAAAAAAAGUAAUAUAUUCUCCAAAAAGAAAAAAACCAUGUAGCUAAUUGUCUGUUUAAAAUGUUUUAUUGAGUACUUGAGAUAUAUAUUGAUCAACAUGUAAACGUAUGAACAAAAAAAAUAGUGUUUCUUUCUUUUUUUUC